AAAACUAAAAUCCAAACACACUUCUACUAAAAACUCACUUCUGACUCCCAAAUAAACAUUACACCACAGAAUUCAGAGACAAAAACGUUUCAGUGAAUACAACUUCAACACCAAUGGCUUCUCUUGCAACCUUAGCUGUUGUACAACCUACCGUCGUUAAAGGCCUCGGAGGAAGCUCAAUCACCGGAACCAAGCUUUCCGUUAAGCCUACUGCUCGCCGUAGUCUCAGACAAACUAAAAUCAGGACCGGUGCCGUAGUUGCCAAAUACGGUGACAAAAGUGUGUACUUCGACUUAGAAGACAUCGGUAACACUACCGGACAAUGGGACUUGUACGGUUCUGACGCACCAUCUCCCUACAACUCUCUCCAGAGCAAAUUCUUUGAGACAUUUGCAGCUCCAUUCACCAAGAGAGGUUUGUUGCUCAAGUUCUUGAUAUUGGGAGGAGGUUCAACACUUGCAUACUUGAGUUCAACAGUCUCAGGUGAUAUCUUACCAAUCAAGAAGGGUCCUCAAUUGCCCCCUAAGAUGGGUCCUCGCGGAAAGAUCUAAAUGAUGAAAAUGAAAUUUCUACAUCCAAAAACUCAACUUCCUUUGUGUUUUGGAUUACAGUUUAUCUUCAUUUUCAGAAUUUGUAACUAUGACAUUGGUUUAUAACUAGUCUUGUUUUCGUGUGUACAUCAUAAACGAUUCGAUUCGAAGUCAAUUUAAGAUCAUUUUAUGAUAUAUAUAUUUGAGAAUUUGUA